AUGGCAUCUCGCGAGCCCUACAGAGGCUCCUGUCGCUGCGGCCACAUCCGCUACAUAGCAUACAUCAGCCUGCCUCCCGUCAUCAGCCCAGAAGGCACAGUCGACCGCUACUCUUCCGUCCACUUCUACAAGUGCAACUGCACCGCCUGCCUCAAGUUCGGCCUCUUCCACAUGCGUCUCCCUAAGGCUACUCAAGACUUCUACCUGCUCUCCCCGCUGGAACCGGAAAAGGAACUCACCGGCUACAAGAUCACCGAUGCCGGGUCUACGUGGUAUUUCUGUCCGACGUGUGGAGUACGCUGUUUCUCGUUCGCAGGGAAGGGUAAAGUCGAGGAGGUCGAGGUCGAAGAGUGGGCUACGAAACAGGCGAACGGGGUCGAUGUGAAGGCUGCUGCUGCUGGAGGAGGCGAGGGAUCGAAGAAGGUAAAGACAAAGGCGUGGAGGAUCGAUGAGGACGGGUGGGAUGAAGGAAAGAAGACCUGCUAUCUCUCUGUCAACGUACAGACUCUCGAGCCGGAAGAUGGGCUGGAUUUGAGAGAGCUGGUGGACAAGAAGUGGGUUGGAUUUCUCGACUGUCGGGAGUAUGAGGAGAAGCAGCGGUUUGACCGUCCUCAGCUAGGCGGAACAUGGUGA